GGAACCUGAAUAACUCAUACUUGACAUCUUCACGAAACAUACCGGAACUUCAUUAAUUUUAUUCGAAACCGGCAUUUAGAUUUACAUAUUCACACUAAAAACGUCAUUGUUACGCAUUAUAUGUGUAUAUCGCUUUUUCAGGGCAAAUUUACAUUUUAUUAUAACACUUUGAGUAAUUAUUGUAGCAAACGACAGGAUAAUUGUUCAUAUGAAGCUUCACAAGAAAAUCAACGUCAAUAUUUUGUUCGUGUGAACAUUAUAUGUUAGUGUUUAUGCUAGGAUGCCAGAUUAAGUUUGAGUAUAUGGGCUUCAUGUCAUUUUGACCCACUGUAAUGUUUUAUAAGGGCAGAAUGCAAAAGAACCGGAACAAUUUGAGUUGAUCUUUGUUGUAGUGGGACGCUGUGAUGAAGCACCGUUUGUUUUCUGGUGGAAGGAGCUCCGAAUCAUUUCCUGAAUCGGUUCUUUCGAAUGUUUAGUUUCAAAGAACCAAUUUAAAACGUACCUACGCACCCAUCCAAUAUCCUUGCUUUGAAUAAACUCAUGAUUAGGAAUAAAACGGACGUCUCCGCUAAAAUGAAAUAAUGUUAAAAAAUAUAUAUUUCACUAUUUCGUUUGUGUUAUAGAUUAUGAUAUGAAACUACCAAGUCGCUCAAAACUGCUCGGGCCGCUUUAGAUUUGUGAGUGAAUCAUUCUGACGGGAUCUGUGAACCGGUUCAACUGAAUCAGUGUAAAAGAUCCGACUCAAGAAUGAUUCAUUAAUGAAUCCUCUGGUUUGUUUUUAGCGGGGCGCUAAAAUCGUGCAACUUUGCACGAAACAGUAAUAACGAGUGUCAUAACUGAGUUGGUGCUUUUCAAGAAAGGUUUUUUAAUUCUCUGAUGCAGUUUUUUAAAAAGUUUUUUUGUAAAGAUGAUUGUCAAUUACAGUAGCAGCAGUUCUGAAGAUGAAACUGAAAACACUUCAAAAGAUGAUUCCUCACCUUUAAGGAAAAGAGGAAAACUUGACACUGAAAACAGCAUCAGUGAACCUUUGGACCAUGGAUCUGUUAAAAGGAAAGCAGUCAAAUCAGCCCACUCGGCACCUCGACUGCCUCUUCCUGACAGCGUGAAGGAGAUGUUCAGAGAAUCAGAAGAACAGUGGAUUGAUAAAAGUGAAGCACAUGGAGGGCGACUGCGGUCCUUCCAGCAUGAGCGGGGCAACUGGGCUACAUGCGUGUUCUGUCCUUAUGAUCCCGAGGAGGCCUUUUUGGAGCUACUUAAUGAAAUGAUGGUGCUUGCGGUCUCUCACGGAAUCCCCCUGACCCUGUCUGAAGAAUUUCACCUCAGUCUCUCAAAGACAGUGGUUCUGCGCCAUCACUGGAUCCAACCAUUUAUUCAGUCCAUUCGGACUGGACUGACACAGUUCAAGAAGUUUUUCUGCUUGGCCGAUAAACUGAAGGUUUAUUCUAAUGCUGAAAAGACUAGGACCUUCCUUGGUAUGGAAAUCUCCACUGGAAAAACUCCAUUGCUUGAGCUCAUCAAAAUAGUGGAUGAAACCAUGACAGAAUUUAACCUUAGCACCUUUUAUAAGGAUCCUUCUUUCCAUAUAAGCCUUGCUUGGUGUGUGGGUGAUCAUGUGGAAGCACUGAAAAAGACAUGUUUAUCAGAAUUGCAGAGUCUCGUUGACGCUCAUGAAGACGGGCCAUUUUACAUAAAGCUCAACUGCACGGAGCUUCGCUGCAAAUCAGGAAAUAAAGUCUUUCUUUUCCCCCUCCAGUGAUCUUGAAACCCGGUUUAUAAAAUGUGAAUUUUCAGGUUUGCUAACUUGUAUUGCUGUCAACUUUUGUGUUUUAAUAUAAUAUAAUAAAGAUUUGUACUAAAUACUAA